AUGCGUUCUCCACACAAGUCUUCGUUCUUCAACAGCAGCGAUGAGGAGCUUAAUGGCAUCAGCGCAUUGGAUGCUGGCAACAAAACCGAUAAUGUAUACUCUAUCAAGUCCAACUGGAUUACAGCAUGGCGCACUCGCAAGCAGCAGGAAAAUCUAUGCAAAGUCUUCUACAAUCGCGUCAUCGAGCACGCGGAGUGCAAAAGAUUGCUGGAGGCGGCAAAGAUCUAUGGAGAAAUCACUGACUUUAACUCUUGGCCUGCGAAUGAGCAGUUGCAAUGGUAUCGCAAUUUCGGUGUCAAUAUCACAUUUGGCAGGAAUAUCUCAUUGGAGACAACUGAAACGAGUGUGGAGGACAGUGGACCGGUGUUGGUACUGCCACCAUUUGAGACUUGGCAGACAAUUGCGAUUGCUCUCUGUUUGUUUCUAUGCAUCAUUCUCACAGUCGGUGGCAACAUUCUGGUGCUGCUGGCCUUCAUUGUGGAUCGAAAUAUACGACAGCCCAGUAACUACUUUAUUGCCUCUUUGGCAGCGACGGACAUGUUGAUAGGCACCGUAUCAAUGCCGUUCUUUACGGUCUAUAUACUAAGGGGCUACUGGGAUCUGGGACCGUUGCUCUGUGACCUGUGGCUGUCCGUGGAUUACACCGUUUGUCUCGUCUCACAAUACACCGUGCUGCUGAUCACCAUUGAUCGCUACUGUUCCGUGAAGAUAGCAGCCAAGUAUCGGAGUUGGCGCACCAGGACAAGGGUCAUUUAUAUGGUAUCGAUUACAUGGAUCAUUCCGACGCUGCUUUUCUUCAUCUCGAUCUUUGGAUGGGAGCACUUUACGGGCAAGAGGGAUCUGUUGCCGGGCCAGUGCUCUGUGCAGUUCCUCAAGGAUCCGGUCUUCAAUACGGCUUUGAUCAUUGGCUAUUACUGGACCACUUUGAUAGUGCUCUUCGUGUUGUAUGCGGGCAUCUAUAAGACGGCCUACGACAUGCAAAAGCGGAGCGAGGCCAAGCAGAGGAAGAUGCAAUCCAUGGUGGCACUGAGUGCUGGGGCAAUGUCCGGCAUGGCCGGACAUGCAGCAGGCAUUGGUGUCAUCGAGGAGAAGAUACUGAAGACAAAGGUGCAACUUUCGGGAGCUCUAAAUGAGAUGGACAGCGGCACCUGCACCACGACCGUAAAGCGUCUGAGCGGCUCCGGCCAAGCCAAUCCGCUGGCGCAGGCCACAGAGAAGAUUGCCGAGAAGAUGACGCCCGAGCAGAGACGUGCAUCGGAGGCCAAGAUCGAGGAGUCGAAGCGUGCUGCCGCCGAGGCAGAGAAGAGCGAACGUUCCAGCAGUCCAGCCUUUGACUCCGAUGAGGAGUCAUCCGUAAAUCAGACACAGCAGCUGCUUAACCAACAAAAGCUGGCCAAUCUUCGCAAGCGCUCGUCCAUUGGUCUGGUUUUUGGUGCACAGGCAGCGCUACUUGCCACACGCAGCAAAGGUAACUUGCAACAGAGCACCAGCAACUCCAAGUCGAUUGAGGCCAUGCACUCCAUGGGCGCCAGAUCGCCGCACCACCUACCACACCAAACGAGCUUGCAGCGGGCGCAGAGCAAGGAGGAGGUGGGCAUUGGGCAUCAUCAACAUCAUCCCAAUCAUGCUCAUACACCAGUUGAGCGGCCCAAGCGCACCUCCUGCUCCACGCUCUCCCAGAUAGCCGAGCAUGAUCGCCUUAUUGAUUUCCAUAACACCACCGACACCGACACCGACACCAUUGACCCAGCCAAUCAAGAUCCUCUCUCACCCGUGGAUCUGGCGCCCAUUGAGGUGCCGCGGGAACAGGUGCAACAGUGCCUGGUGCAGGCCAUCUUGCCACCGCCCGAAGCCUUCCAAUGCCCCACGCCCCUAUCCGACUACUCGGACCGACCCUUUGGCAACAGCUCCGGCAACAGUGAACUGGCCAUGACCUACGAUCUGCUGACCAAUGAUUCGGAGAUGCGCUACAUGGAUGAGAGCUCCGCCAUGCAGGCCAAUUCGGUGGCCACCAAUGACAGUGUGAGCUGCUCCCAAUCGCUUCCCGGUCGCUCAACGACCCGACCUAUAUCCACGCCCGUAUCCUCAGCUGGGCCUCAACGCAGUGCCAUUCCACCACCGCCACCCGCACGUAAACAGCUCCAAACUAACCGCUCCCCCAACGAGAGCCAAGUGGACAGUCAAUCCCAGUCCCAGGAGCAGGUAGCCAUUGAAAAACGUCUUCUCGUCUCAUACACAGGCAUCGAGGACUUUGCCAAGGUGCGACGCGAGAGCUGCAUCGAGGCGAUCUGUCUUCUGGAUGUGCCCGGUGGCCAUGGUAAGUUGCAGGCGGAGUGUCCACAUCGACGUGCCUCCAGCCCAAUGGAGACCAGCAGCAAGGAUGCCGUACUCUACUCGCCCAUGCCUCCACUGCCACAGGCACAGAAGACACAGCAUUCGGCUGCGGGAUCGGGAACAGGAUCAGCUGUGGCAGCUGCCAGUGUAGCCCAGCUGGAGCGCAUAGAUGAGCGUGAGGCGUCGGAAAGUAAUACAAACAAGAUUGCAUCCACAUCGGGUACCACCAGCAGCUCGGCAGGAAUUGCCGGCGUCAGUAAAAGGGAUGCCAGCGAAAUGGAUGAAGGCGGUGUCUCCCGUCGCAGCUCCAGCAAGCGACAUUUCAUCCACUCCAUUGGCAAGCACUUCAAGAGCAAGAAGGCGUUACCGCUGGUCAUGGGAAUCGGAGGUAGCCGACAGAAGUCCAAGUCGGAGAAUCGUGCACGCAAAGCGUUCCGCACCAUCUCCUUCAUUCUGGGCUGCUUUGUGGCCUGCUGGACGCCGUAUCAUGUGCUUGCCCUAGUCGAGGGCUUCUGCCGGAAUCCGCCGUGCACCAAUGAGCAUCUCUACAUGUUCUCAUACUUUCUCUGCUAUGCCAACAGUCCAAUGAAUCCCUUCUGUUAUGCAUUGGCCAAUCAGCAGUUUAAGAAGACCUUCAUGCGCAUCCUCAAGGGAGAUCUGCACAUGACCUAA